UAUCAAAGGCCAUGGAGUAUUGGAAGUGUUUGUUACACUUCAAGAAUAUCCAUAUUAAGAGCAUGUCUUUGCAUUAAUGUAGUAUUUUUCUCUCUGAGAACUGGGAAGGACGACAAAUCGCUGAUAAAAGGCGACAUUAAUCGAUAGUAACGUCUAAUUGUCAACUAUCUUUUGUCAACUACGGUUAUCUAAACGAGAUUUUAUCUGCUGCAGAGCGAGAAAAGAUAGUGUCGGGAUGACGGGAUAUCAAUAAGGAAAAUAUACAUUCACAAUAUGGCUAGGAAUAAUUUUACUGUAAACUGUAAAAGGAAAUUUGAAGUCCGUAAAUAUAUUUUUGUGACUUUAUUCCUUGUUUAUAUAGGAGUAACCUGUACGUCACUACUCUUCAAGUCAGACUACUUAAAAACAGCUUCUGAACAUAGAAAAUACCAUUCAAAAACUUAUAAGACAUCUGGAACAUUUCGCCGUUUUAAAAGGGAUACGAUCAACAAUACAGAAUCUUUUGGGCAAGAUGAAGAGGAAGAAAAGAACUGUACACCUCGUGCUAUUGAAGAGUUUCCAGAAAAUUUCUUCACCCUUGAUCAAACAAAAGGUGGCGGCAUUGCGGCACAUAUAGCAAUAUCCUUGUACAUGUUUGGAGCUCUCGCUAUUGUAUGUGACGACUACUUUGUAUCCUCGCUAGAAGUGAUCUGUGAGCGUUUGAAUCUUCAGGAGGAUGUUGCUGGUGCAACGUUUAUGGCAGCUGGAAGUUCUGCGCCAGAGUUCUUUACUUCUGUGAUAGGUGUUUUCAUUGCAAAAAGUGAUGUCGGGGUUGGUACCAUAGUUGGCUCUGCAGUGUUCAAUAUUCUGUUUAUCAUCGGUACUUGUUCAAUUUUCGCUGGCAUGGUGGUCAAACUGACUUGGUAUCCUAUGACGAGAGAUUGUUUGUUUUAUCUUUUGUCUAUUGCUGCCCUUGUGAUAGUUAUAGAUGACGACAGAGUGUACUGGUAUGAAGCUACAGUAUUUCUAGUCAUGUACAUUAUCUACAUACUCAUCAUGUAUUUUAACCGCUACCUCGAGAAUAAAAGUAUCAAAUAUGUAGAACGUCUUCUCCACAAGUGUAGAGGCGGCGAUGCGAUGUCUCACCAUCAAAGCCCUGGAUCCGAUGAAAAACAACCUUUAUCUGAAGGAACGGUACUAGACCAACAAAAUGUCAUCAAAAUGGACACUACUGAAAAUUCGCAGAGUGGAAACUACACUGAAGAGAGGACGAACAUUGUUGCCGAUUCCAUUUCUGAAGAUAAAGAGACGACAUUCUCAACCGAGGAGUCGGAGGGCAAUCCACAUGUUCAUGUUGAUGAUAAAACCAUCGACUCCCCAUGGGAUAUUCCAGACCAUAUUGUCGGCAAAAUUUACUGGGCCGUAAUGUUACCCAUGAAAUGUCUCAUGUUUGUAUCUAUACCUGACUGUCGACGUCACGGCAUCUGGCGCCGGUUGUACAUGUUAACAUUUGCCCUGUCUAUUGCAUGGAUUGCGGCGUGUUCUUACCUAAUGGUGUGGAUGGUAACAAUUAUAGGAGAUGCGCUUGAAAUACCAGAUACAGUAAUGGGACUGACGAUACUAGCAGCCGGAACUUCUGUUCCGGACUGUCUCAGCAGUGUGUUUGUAGCCCGAGAUGGUUAUGGAGAUAUGGCUGUGUCGAACUCAAUCGGAAGUAAUGUUUUUGAUAUUCUAGUGUGUCUAGGAUUGCCGUGGUUGCUUGACACAACAAUUGUGAAGAAUGGCGACCCGCUCCUCAUAAACAGUGGAGGAAUAGGUUACUCGGCACUUAUUCUUUUAUCAACAGUUGUGUUUAUGCUACUAGCAAUCAAUUUGGCGAAAUGGAAAUUAAACAAACCUUUUGGGUGUCUGUGUAUGUUUGCCUAUGUCGUAGUUAUUGCGUUAUCCUGUCUGUUUGAACUGAAUGUCUUCGGUGACUUUGUCCUUGCUACCUGUGACAGGACGAAAUGACGAGAGCAAAACUAAAGUGUAAUUAUAACGCUUUACUGGUGAACACACAUGUAGCAUAUAACUGUGACAUCUGAAUGCUUUAUAUUUACAAAUAUUUGUUUACACAGCUAUUCAGAGAUGGUGCCAAUAAGUUACUUUGUUAAUAAUGGACAUGAUAUUUUUGAGAUUUCAAGAUCUAUAUACAUAUAUUUGUUAAAAAAACGUUUGGUUAUAUACAGUUUGUAUGUGUACUAUAUAUUAUCAUUGUUACUAUACCAUAUUUCUAUUACUUUAAAGUCAUUUAUGUGUGACAUAAAGGUAGGUCUUCUUCCUUGUUAAGACUUAUUUAAUAUUGUAGAGACAAAAGUAUAUAACUACCAAUUACUAUCUACUAUUCAGCUAGAAUAUUUAUGUUUCCGUUUUAGGAAGUAAUUAUGUCAAAUGGAUAAACAUGUGCGUUUCAAUAAUGUCAUCGUAUUUUUUAUAAGAUAGUGGGUACCUGCAGAAUACGAUGUGUUCUAUUACACAGUAUCAUAUUUCCACAUUGAUUUUACUGGGAAAACCUGUAUUUGAGACGAUUUGGAAAAAAUGUUAUCAUGUCAGGAAGUAAUCAUAAUUGUACAGCAAAUGGUAUAACUAGUAAUUCAUCAUUUUCCACGCUAAUCAAACAUAAUAAUUAUAGAAUAAAUUGUUGCCCCGUAAAUGAGUGUAAACACUUCCAUAGACAUCUUCAAUGAAACCAACUUGUGUGUUAGGGAAAUUAUAACUAAAGAUUUCUUAUAUUUUUUUAAGGACAUCUGACACAUUUCUUUGUGUUAGUAAUGACAGUAAUUUUGAUUCUAUUUCUAGCAUAUUGAGUAUUGACUAAAUGUGUAAUAAGUGUUACAACUUACAACUUACAACAGAAUUGCGAACGUUAAAAAAUGUAUUGUACAUAGCUUACAAAGAACUUGGAUGAAGAGUGACUCGGUUAGUUAUGUUUUUUGUUUGAUACCUUUAAAUUGUAUUUACGUUUGUUAAUAAAUCAGCAAUUUAUGCAGAAUCCCAAAAUGCAAAAAGUGCUGGAAAAGACUUAUAGUCAUGUCAGCUGUAGACUGACUUUUGUAAUAGUAUUACGUUGUUAGUUACUUCGUCCGUGUUAUCUUCGUGUAAAAUAAACCGCACUGUUGUUGUUAUUGUUAAGCAAAUGGGUUUAAAUGUUAAUACAAAAAGUAUUGAAAAAAUA